GGGGGACUCCGCCCCGUCUGGGAGGGCGGUGCUGCUUUAAGUGUGUGUGUCACACCAGGGCUUCUGGCUGCCGUGCGGACACUGGCCUUCAGGGAGUGAGAGCAGAGGUGGGGAAACAGCAACAAGGCUCUUAACUACCAUAGUGAUGGCCGAGGGGGUGGAGGACCCGGGCCAGGAUCUGGUGAGGGAGUAUCGGCCGGGGUUCCGGUUCUUCAGGAAGCCGCUUUCACAGCUUGGCCCCCGUGGCCCCUCUGUUGCCUCCCUCCGACCCCAGCUGAGCAGCGUGCCCGGUUGUGGUGCAGAGUUGUUCUUCUCACACGGGACCUCUCCCUGCUCGUGCCUUGACCUGCCCUGUGGCUUUGUCCUGUCCCAGGGACUCAGAGGCAGCCCAACUCUCCCUCGUUUGCCCAAAUCACCGCAGCCCCUUCUGGGUGCCGACAUAAUUCCCAGCACCAGAAAGCUCUUCGUCUGCCAUCCAGUUGGUUCUCUGUCUGUUCUAGUCCUUCCUCAGUGGCCUUCCAUCCAUUUUCCCCAGCACCCCCUUACCUUUACUUCUCCCUCCAUCCAGUAUUUGUUGAUGCCAAGUAUUGAUCUCAGACCACGAGUCAGCAAGGGGAGCGAGGCAGUCUCCGAUCUCAUGGAGUUGAUGUCUUAGUAGGGGAGAUAGAGCAUAACCCAUAAAUACUUAGUGUAUCUGGUGGUCAUGUGUCCCGAGAGAGAGAGAAAGAAAGAGAAUCCGUGCUUCACCGAGAGGCCGUGCAAGGUUUCUUGUACAGAGUAGUGUGUGUGUUUAGUUAAGUCUGCGGUGGCUACGCCUUUCCUCUCAGGCUGGAGGCUGUUAGAGAAAGGGACAGAAACUAAGCUCAGACCGGCUUAAGCAAAAAUCAGCAUUUGUUGGCUUAACCGAAAAGUCCAGUGGAGGCGAGGUUAGCUCUGGGCUGGGCUGGACCCACGGCUUCCACCAGUUUCUCCAGGAUUCAGUUUCCUCCUCCAUCUCCAGCUCUGCUUCCCACUGGAUUGACUCCGGUCCAAGGUCCCUUUUGGUGACGUGACACUGCUCACAACCCCAGGGUUACCUUCCACCAGCUCUGCAGUCCCAGCGGAGACAGAGCACCCCUUCACCAGCUCCAACAAAAGUCCUAGACCCAAGUCUCAUUCACUGUCAGUGGCCUGGGCUUAAUUACAUGUUGUGUCCCCUGGGGGAACGUCCUCAGACCUAGAACCCAGGGACGAGGGAGGGGUGGUUCCCCAAAGAAACGGGGAGGGGUUGGAGGGAUGCAGGGCCGACCCACACUCACAACCCCCUCCAGUGUGCCUUAGCUCCUUGCAGCGGCUGGGAGUCUAAGGCAUAAGUGAGGUCCAGGCCUGGAUCUGCAGCCCUGGAUGCUGGGCUUGUGGGGUAAAGGGCAGGGCCCGAAGAUCUCUGGGGAUCCCCAUAGUACAAAUAGUGUGGAUAAGCUGCUGCUGUCCCAGGGCCCCUCCACCCCUCCGUUGCUGGCAUUUAUCGUCUGGCAUGGGCACAUUCGAUCAUUCAUUCACGCGGGUUUGUCAAGCAGCACCAACCCCUGUGCCAGGGACAUGGCUGCUUAGGGAAUCGUGGAAGCUUCGUAGGCGACCCUUCUGUCCCCCAGCCGCCUCCCUUGUACUUUGGUCUCAUCCACGUCAUCCACCCCAGUGUUCGUCGUGGGUUGUGCGUGGUGAGGACUGUCACGGUGGAUCAGACUCAGGGACUCAGGUGCUGCGUGGAGCACAGUGGAGGGAAUGGCCGCCGUCAGUGGGCUGUUGCCCCCAAGUCAAGACCAGUGUCUGUUCUACUUCUCCAAAGAGUGAAAAUUUGGGGGGAUGGGAGUGGGCCAGUGUGCUUUCGAUCGUCUCAGUCUUGUCCCUUUUCCUCCUCCCACCUCCUCCCCUCCCCAUCUUUAGCGUGGGUGAUCGCCAUUCCCUCCUGACUAGUAGUGUCUCUGUAUAGCCUCCUCCCCACACUGUUCUUUGAACCUGAACCCAACUCCUUUUACAGCACUUUCCCGAAUCUUUAGCACAGAGGUCAUCUGCCCCUGGGGCUCCCCGUCACUUUACAAGCCCCUCUGGCCUCUUCUCUUUGGACUUCAGCAUAGCCACUUCUUCUCAGGAAAGUUCUCCUGACUCUCUAGACCAGCCGCUAUGACCAGCUCCCCACGCGACUGCGCUCUCGAACCAGAGGUUGUGUCCCCUCCCACCUCGCGGUCCUACUGGGUAAAGCUGAUGUAAGGGAAGGUUUUCUGUUAUCCUGGCUUCCCAGGACCGAGGGCUCCACAACAGCAGGGCUGUGCGGUGCUCCCCAUAUUCAUGAUCCCCCUCGCUUCCCAUCCAUUGUCUGCUCUCGAGGCUUUGAAUGCUGACGAGGGCCCUGGGUGCACCCAGAGCCACCAUACCCAACCCCCAGGCAAUGAGGCAGGCAGCAUCCGGGCCUGCCCCCACGGGUGAACGUAGUCCUCACCCACAGUCCCCGCUGCCAUCCACGCAGGCACGAGUGGCAAAGGGCUGUAGAUUCAGCUGCCCCUGGGUAAGAGAGAAAUGGUGUUGCCUGAGAACAAUAGGUCUCAUCCCGUGUCUGAACAUUUCAAAGGGUGUCUUCCUUCCACAACAGCUAUGCAAGAUGGACUCAGAAUUUUCGCAACUCCUUAAAUCCUUUUUUUUAUUUUGAUGGGCAGUCACUUAGAGAUCCAGGUGGAAUGUCAGGUGACUCAGCCAGGGUAAGCUCUCCAAAGAGCAUGAGCUGUGUGGAUAGAGGUUGCAGUCUGGUUAUCCCCCGGCCCCUGCUGGCCUAUAAAUUUAAAAAAAAAAAAAAAAAAAAAAAAAAAAAAGAUAAACCUAAACUAGUCUUCAGCAUUUGAAAUUCAGGAGAUGCCACGUAAAGGUCUGACAUCUCUGUGCCACAUUCCUGCAAGGCCACGGUUGAUGGCGCAGAACGGCAUUGCCUCGGAUACCCUGCAGCGUGCCGCCCUCCCCACCACUCUCUGUCCAUCACUGGCGUGGCUGUUCUAAGAGAGUCUUGCAACCUUUUUCUUGAUGUAUAACAUGCACCAGAAAAGUGCACACACCCUAACAUUAAGUGUCAGAUGUUCACAAACAACACGCCCCCGUGGCUACUUUAAGAAACCAUUUUCUAAGUGAUUUUGACGUUCUUUGGAGUUACUAGUUUUAUAUCGGGUUUGGUUUUUGCUUUUAACUUAUUACAAACAAAUGCAGCUUUGUUUACUGUAUGAAUAUAGUGUUGGGGGGAAAACAACCAAUUUUUCUUUUUGCAGAAAAACCUGCCAUUGCUCCGCCCGUCUUUGUGUUUCAGAAGGAUAAAGGACAAAAGUCCUCUGCAGAGCAAAAAGACUUGUCGGAUUCGGGAGAGGAGCCUCGGGGGGAGGCUGAGGCCCCCCACCAUGGCACGGGUCACCCCGAGUCAGCUGGUGAGCAUGCCCUAGAGCCUCCUGCCCCCGCUAGCGCUUCAGCCAGCACUCCUGAAGCCCAGCUUCUUCCUUUCCCGCGAGAACUGGCAGGGAGGCCAGCCGGAGGCUCCAGCCCCGAAGGUGGAGAAGAUUCCGACCGAGAAGAUGGAAAUUACUGCCCUCCUGUCAAGCGAGAAAGAACGUCCUCUUUAACCCAGUUCCCACCGUCACAGUCAGUAUCAAAAAACAAUGUUUUUAUGCCAUCAACCUUCUGCGAGCCAUCUGCAGGCAAUUCUGACUCAGAACCAGAGGAAAAGAGCAGUGGGUUCCGGUUGAAGCCACCAACACUGAUCCACGGCCAGGCACCCAGCGCAGGUCUGCCAAGCCAGAAACCCAAGGAGCAACAGCGGAGUGUGCUUCGCCCGGCAGUGUUGCAGGCCCCGCAGCCAAAGGCACUGUCACAGACCGUCCCCAGCAGCGGCACCAACGGGCUCAGCAUCCCGGCAGACUGCACGGGGGCCACGACGGCCACAUCGCCCGACACCCCCGCGCGGAGAAGUCCGUCUGAUGAGGUGCGAGCGCCUGAGGACAAAGACCCCCAGAAGAAUGAGCCUAGCGGUACCGAGGAGGACUGUGAGAAAGCAGAGCGGGCUGUACAGCAGGCGUUUGUGUUCGGACAGAACCUGAGGGACAGAGUCAAGUUAAUACACGAGAACACUGAAGUGGCUGACAAGGAGAAUGCCGGACAUCCCAGUUCAGAAACGCCGACUGCGACCAACUAUUUCCUUCAGUAUAUCAGCUCCAGUUUAGACAACUCGACCAACAGUGCCGACACCGCCAGCAACAAAUUCGUGUUUGGCCAGAACAUGAGCGAGCGCGUGCUGAGCCCCCCCAAGUUAAAUGAAGUCAGUUCAGAUGCCAACAGAGAAAACGCAGCUGCUGAAUCCGGGUCCGAGUCCUCGUCCCAGGAGGCCACCCCCGAGAAAGCCAAUAACAUUUCAGAGUCCCUGGCCGAGUCGGCAGCCGCCUACACCAAGGCAACAGCCCGGAAGUGUUUGCUGGAAAAAGUGGAAGUCAUCACCGGGGAGGAAGCGGAGAGCAACGUGUUACAGAUCCAGUGUAAGCUGUUUGUCUUUGACAAGGCCUCACAGUCGUGGGUGGAAAGAGGCCGGGGGCUGCUCAGACUCAACGACAUGGCGUCAACUGACGAUGGGACACUACAGUCCCGACUAGUGAUGCGGACCCAGGGCAGCCUGCGGCUGAUCCUCAACACCAAGCUGUGGGCCCAGAUGCAGAUUGACAAGGCCAGCGAAAAGAGCAUACGCAUCACAGCCAUGGACACCGAGGACCAGGGCGUGAAGGUUUUCCUGAUCUCAGCCAGUUCCAAGGACACGGGCCAGCUGUAUGCAGCCCUGCACCACCGCAUCCUGGCCCUGCGCAGCCGCGUGGAGCAGGAGCAGGAAGCCAAGAUGCCUGCCCCCGAACCCGGGGCAGCCCCAUCCAACGAGGACGACAGUGACGAGGACGUCCUGGCUCCAUCAGGGGCCACCGGAGGCGGUGCUGGCGAUGAAGGGGACGGGCAGACGGCCGGGAGCACAUAGCGCCGGGAGCCGGCUGCCCGCGAGCCUGCUGCUUUGUCCGUCUGUCCGCCCGCCCGCCCCGCCCCGCCCCACCGGCAGUGUUGAGGCGUGGGGCUCGGGAACCACACUCCCCGCUGGGUUGGCCACAGUUCGGAUCCGCAUGUCCCGUUCAGAAGCAGACUCGGGAACUGCCUGAAUGUGGUUUGGGACACGAGACCUCAUCAUAUUGAUGAGCAAAACGAAAAAGAACAUUUCUUCCCUCCCCUCCUUUGAAUCGAAAUGGCACAUUAAGACUUGUCACGGCUUCUCACUGGGACUGGGACACCUUGUUUCUUCACCCCUCCCUCCUCGUGUCCCCGGCCUCUGUCGCCGCCGCCCACCCAGGCGGGUCUGUCCACACGAGUAUAAACACUGGGCCUGCUGGACGCUUUGUUAACCAC